UUAUAAACAGCAACUUCUCAUUUUACUUUUAACCAUGCUCAAAUUAACGCAGAAAGUUUUUUCGCAAAAAAUUAAUAAUACGAGAUUUCUUAGUUUAUACGACUCCCAUUUAGAAAUUGACGAAAACCUAAAAAUUCAUUACAUUUGGCUUCGAGAUCAUUGCAGAUGUGAAAAAUGUUACAAUCAAAAAACGAAUCAAAUCAUGUCGGACGUUUUAAAAAUACCUAAAAAUAUAAAACCUGUGGAUUGUGUCAAAAUUAAUGAUAAAUUAAAAAUUACUUGGAAAGAUGGCCAUUUAACAGAAUUUUCAUUAAAUUAUUUAAGUAAUCUUUACAAAACCACAAAAGUACCACAAAAUGAAACCUUUUAUUGGAACUCAAAUCAAAUAAAAAACAUCAAAGAACUUUACGUAACAUCCAAAGAAUAUUUUAAAAAAGAUCAAACCGGUUUAAAACUUGUAUUAAAAAACAUCUUAAAAUAUGGAAUUGGAUUUGUCACCGAGGUAGAACCAAGUAUUGAAUCAACAGAAAAAGUUGUCCGAAACAUGGCUCCGGUUCAACAAACGUUAUUUGGUGGAAUGUGGGAAGUUAGUAAUAAUUUAGAACACGCCGAUACGGCUUACACAACAAUCGAAUUAGGGGCCCAUAACGAUAACACUUAUUUUACAGAAGCUUCAGGCCUUCAAGUAUUUCAUAUGUUAAGUCACGAUGGGGAAGGUGGAGAAACUCUUUUAGUUGACGGCUUUAAUGCUGCAAAUAAUUUAAAAGAACGCCACCCAAAAGAUUACGAAAUUUUAACAACUUUUCCCAUCGAAUCCGAGUACAUAGAAAAAAAUGUGCAUUACACGACCAUAGACACGGUAUUAAAACAACAUCCGGUGACGAAAAAGUUAUCACAAAUUAGAUACAACAUUUACGAUAGAGCCCCAUUAAACACGUUAAAUUUUGAGGAAAUUCCCAUGUUUUAUGAUGCUUAUAAAAGAUUGGGGGAAGAGAUUAAUAAAGAGGAACAGAAAUAUUGGAUAAAGUUGAAUCCUGGAACUGUUAUUUUUAUCGAUAAUUUCCGGGUUUUACAUGGAAGAGCUUCUUAUAGUGGAUUUAGAAGACUUACAGGGUGUUAUGUUGCGAGAAAUGAAUGGACAAGUACCGCUAAAAAUUUAGGAUUAAAUUUAUAUUAACUAAAUAAACUAAAAAUUAUUCAAUAAAACGAUUAUUUACUUA